GCGGAUCCGGAGUCAGGGGGGGCCGCAGCUGGGGUUCCAGAUGGCGGGGUGGAGGUGCACGAGGUCUCAGCCAGUUUGUGUCCGCGGUCAGUACGCGCCCGUGCCACUGAAGCCGUGCAUGGAUCUACACGCGGAGGGAGGAGAUGCGCGAGGGUGGCCCAGCUUGGUUGGGUCCCCAGACAGACAGCGCUCGUGCCAUUGGGGCCAUAGUUGGGAUGCCCUCGUGUAGCGAAGCACCUACUUUGGAAAAAGACGCAUCUCCCAAGGCGAGCCGCGCGGAUGUGCCCCGGGACACCAGCGAGGUGUUUCGUCGCGAGCUGCCCGCGCGGGAGAGCGCGCUGACGUCCUCUAGCUGCAUGGCGGACGUGUUUAUUUGACACCCUUUCUCGAGCUCGGGACGUGCAAGAUGAGAUUUGCACACGUCCUCUGCAGCUCGCACUUGGCAAUAAGUGAUGGGCGCUACCUCGCGCUCGCAGUCUCACCUACUAGAUCGAGUUUCACCCGCAUCAGAUCUGGCGAGGUCUUGCAUGUCCAGUCGGCGCUGCACGGGAGCUCGGUGUUUUGCACUUUGCGCGGGCAGGAGGCGAAGGGCGAGGCAGAGGGCGAGAGGCGAGGCAGAGGCCUUCCGGCGGGCAGCGGACCUUUGGUCGCAAUGUUUGCUCUCGACGGUCCCGCGCCUCUGCUUCUCCCCAUUGCCCCCCUACCUUUGUGGAAGUCGACUGGUCGACUGCCGGAGAGGAAGCAUGCUGCCAAAGAAGUUCCAGAUCGCCCCGCAUGGCCCCCGCAAGCGCACGCUGCGCCGAGCCGGGUCUGCCCGGAGGAGGAGGU